CUUCACCAGUGCGCUUUAUUUAGCGGAUUCGGUGAAAUGCGCGCAUGAUCGCGUUCCUCAUUAGCGCGCGGCUCAGACUGCACUUAAUCAGUGACGUGAAGACACUAGAGGCUCCUCUGCACCAGACACCAUGGAUGAGGACUUUGAACGUCGCAUGGAGCUCCGGAGACAAAAGCGAGAAGAGAUGCAAAGAGAAGCGGAAAAGAUGAAAGUUGAUGACGAUGAUGAAGAGGCUGCUCGAGAGAGAAGGAGGCGUGCCCGACAGGAAAGGCUACGCAACAUGGAGAACGAGGAGCUUAGCAACACUGCCAAAGAACUCAACAGCACCGACAGUGUAACAGACACAGGUUCAUCAGCACUGAUUACCGCUCCAGCCGCUAACGAUGAUGACCAGGCUCUCCUAGAGCGUCUGGCCAAGCGUGAGGAGCGCAGACAGAGGAGGAUGAAGGAAGCCUUGGAGAGACAAAAGGAGUUUGACCCCACCAUCACUGAUGGAGAAACCGCUGACACCACCACCACCACAACCAGCGAGGACAGGCCAAGCCGCAGGAGCCGUCUCAGAGAUGCAGAUGAGGAGACCACUAAAAACGAUGUUCCGUCCUUAGAGACCAACUCCUGGACAGAGAAGGUAGAAGAGAAAAAGGAAGCGGAGACAGUCCCAGUGAAGGAGGAACCCGUGCCAGAACCUGUUUUAAAGGUAGCAAAGGAAACACAAGAAGACAGUGUGGAGAAGAAAGAGGAAGAGGAGGAAGCUGAGAGGCCCAGGAGAUCCUACCUCGGAGAACAGCGAUCCACUGAAGAAAAAGACCAAGAGUCAGCAAAUAAGGAAAAGCACGAAGAUGAAUCUGUUAGUACAAGCAAUGUGGAUGAGGAGAAAAAAGCUACCGGUUUAGAAGGCACAGAUUUAGAAAAUAAAGAGAUUAAUGAUAAAGGCUUAUUAUCAAAUGAAGACAGUCAGGUUGAUGCUAAAGAAAAAGUUGAGGCAGCGUUCAGCGAGGAACCUGUAAUAUCCAAGAUCGAGGAGGAAGAAAAGCCUGUGGAGGAGGAAAGAACUUUAGAGGCACCAUCAGAAACACCUGCUGUUCAGGAUGAACCUUCCCUGGAGACCAAGAAAGUGGAGGAAGCGCCAAAGAAAACAACUGAGCCUCCAGUGGAGACGAAGGCAGUGGAGGAACCACAAAAAGAAACACCUGAGGUUGUGUUGGAGAAGACGGAGGUGGAGAAACCCCAGAAACACGUAUUUGAACCUGAACCAGUAAAGAAAGAGGUGGAGAAAUUAAAGGAAGGUAUUAAUGAACCACCACUGGAGAUGAUGGUGGUGGUGAAAGUGAGGCAAGAAGAGGAGAAACCGCGAAUACCAGAGAAAAAAGCUGAAGAAAAGCCAGAGAGGUCAAAGAAAGAAGUAGAAGUGAAGAUUGAACUUCCGAAGAAACAACCUGAGGAGAAGCCUUCUGUAAAAGUUAAGGUAGAGGAGAAAGCCGCACCCCCUAACAAGAUUGAAGAGAAACAGUCGGUUUUGAAGAAGGAGGUUGAAGAAAAACCAAAAUGGAAGAAGGAAGCGGAAGAAAAAUCCAAAGCAAAAAUUGAGGAUAAAGUUAAACCAAAGGAGGUUGUGGAAAAGCCUAAACCUUCCUUCUUACGUGACAAGCAGAAUGAAGAAAGUUCCUCACCAUUUAAGAAACCCGAAAAGCCAGUAGGCCGCAUAGGGCUACGCACGCCCGAGGUAGAGAAGCUGGACCCGGCGGCGAAGCAGGAGGCCGAGCGGAAGUUGGUGGAAUUGAAGCGCCGGAGAAACGAGACGGAAAGUGAGGAGUUUGAGAAGAUGAAGCAGAAACAGCAGACGGCUGAAGCUGAGCUCGAGGAACUGAAGAAGAAGAGAGAGGAAAGGAGGAAGAUCCUGGAGGAAGAGGAGAAGCAGAAGAAACAGGAGCAGGCAGAAAAGAAGGCCAAAGAGGACCAAGAGAGACAGAAGAUGAAGGAGGAGAUCGAACGCAGGAGGGCCGAGGCAGCUGAGAAGAAACGGCAGAAAGAGGAGUCUGUGGAAGACGGCAAGCUGGCGUUCAAAUGUCUGUCUCCAAAAGGAGCCUCGACUAAGAUCGGAGAGAAAGCAGAAUUUCUGAGCAAGUCAGCUCAAAAAAUAACAGUAAAGGUGCCACACACUCCAUUGGUGUGUAAGAUAGGUAACAGGCUGGAGCAGUACACCUCAGCUGUUCAGACUAAGGACGUUAAGUCACCAAAGUCUCCAAAGGACCUUCCUGUGGUGGAGGGAAUGCGCAGUAUUAAGAGCAUGUGGGAGAAAGGUAACGUGCAGAACCCCGCUGCUCCAGGACCUGCCGGUACCAUCACUGUCACCGUCAACAAGGAAACAGCUAGCCUGAACACAGGAGUGUCAGGUCGCAUCAACACCUGGAAGACCAAGACACCAGAAACCAAAACUCCUGAACCCAAGACUCUUGGAACCAAAACUCCUGAAAUCAAGCCACCGGAAAUGAAGACCCCUGAAACGAAGAGCUUGAAGCCUGCUGAGACGAAGACGAUUGAGACGAAAACACAAGAAACUAAGAGCACUAAAGUGAGUGAGAUGAAGAAGACUGAGACAAAGACUCCUGAACCAAAGAGCUUGAAAUCCACUGAGACGAAGACGACUGAGAAAAAGCCUCUGGAUACAAAGACCCCGGAAACAAAACCCGCGGACAAAAAGACCCCAGAGAUGAAAACUCCAGCACUAGGAAAACCAGCAGGAGGCAAACCGGAACCAAAGCCGACUGAUGUGUCUAAAACACGGGGCUUAUGGGAAACCAAGGGCUCCACCCCGUCCAAGGUGUUUGGACUUAAGACGACACCAUUUACGAAUGCUACGAGGAAGUAAGCACAGACGCACCAAGAACUGGCUUUCGAAGCAAGAAAAUGUCGCUGCAUAUUGCAUCCUUUUUAUACUUUAAUAUCCUCCAGUUGUCUUUAUAAUAAAAUUAUAACGCUUGGAUUCAGUGCAAAAGCACAUAUACACCUGUAUCUGAGAUCCUGUUUACACCUUGUCGUUUAACGCAUUUUAAAAUCAAUGUGGAUUUUAUUCUGUUAAGGUUCUAACUACAUGCGUUUACAUUUUUCCACAGUGGAAAACAGAAAGAAUUUUACAAUUGACUGUUUAGAAACCACUGACACUGGAGACUCCUUCCAUUAUGGUACAUAAAAAUGUAUUCAAAAAUGAAUUCUCACAAGCAGACAAAAUAAGUGGACAAAAAGUCAGAUUUGAUAUUGUCAUAAUAGAAACCACUUUAAACAACUCUAAAGUGCUUGAAUAUUUGUGCUUGAAAUGCAUAUAAAAGGGAAACAUACACCGAUCAGCCAUAAUAUUGUAGCGUUUUAUCGCCGGGAAGGAUGGUGGAGAGACGAGUGAGCUUCCUUGCUGCCCAAUGCAAAUGGCUGGGAGUAAUUUAUUUAACAUAGCACCAUAAGUCACACAACCACACAUUCAACACAAAUCCACAAGACACACUUCUAACUCACACACACACACACCCUGGCCGAAGCCACUAACCCAAACACCUUUCCUCGACAGGGUGAACACCUAACAACCCCUCCCGCAAAGCAUGAUGGUUACUAGUCCCAAAACCCCGCCCACGCCACAAUAUUAAAACCUUUAAAGCUAAAACUGGGUGGCACGGUGGCGUACUGGUUAGUUCUGUGGCCUCGCACCUUCAGGGUAGAGGGUUUGAUUCCUGCCUCUGGUCUCUGUUUCUCCCCAUGCUUGGUGGGUUUCCUCCCACAGUCCGAGAAAUGUAGAUCAGGUUAAUUGCCGUUCCCAAAUUGCCCAUAGUGUGUGUGCAUGCGAGGCUUGCUAUGGAUUGGCACCCUAUCCAGGGUGUACCCCACCUCAUACCUGAAAUCUCCUGGGAUAUCCUCCAGGCCCCCCACGACCCUGUACAGGACAACGUGUUAUAGAAGAUGAAUGGAUGAACAUUGAAACCAGCUUGGUUUUGGCUUUUCCCCUCUGGGAGAGUUUUUCCACUCUGUGGCACCAGAAUGUUGCCAGCAGAUCCUUUGCGUGCUGUGGGUUGUGGGCUCAUGGAUCUGACUUGUUUGUCCGGUGCAUCUCAUGGGCGCUCGAUCACAUUGGGACGCCAAGCAAGUGGAGCUUGGAGGCUGGAUCGGCAGUCUCGGGGUUAAUUGUUUCCUGGGCAGCAGCACAGUGGGCUGUGGGUUACUGGGUGUUCUGGUGCCGUCCCUUGGUCCGCACAAGCAUGGGUGAGCCUUGGGUGCCCAUGAUCUUGUCACCAGUUUACUGGUCUAUAAUUGAUGAUCAGUGUUUGUAACCAGUGUUGAUGUUAUGGAUGAUUGGUGUAUUCCAGUUCCAGAAACUCCAGGCUGCACACGUUUCCACUUUAGUUUUCUCCCAAAUCCUAAACAUGUUGGGACCCAAAUUUGAAUUCCAAUGUUUUAAUUUUGUCUGUUCUUGUGCCUUGAUGUGAAAGAAUCUCCAUGUGUUUAACAUUCUGAUAAAAUGCAAGAAUCGACAAGGUGAUAACUGGGUUGAUGUGCAAUGGUUCUGUGUUUUAUUCUGCAUAAAGCAACUUUGCCUGAAAAUUUUUCAUUUUAGUUACCCAAAAAACUGUAUUUUCCUGCAAGUGUCAGUGAUAAUCAUACAAGCAACAGAGCAUUUGUUUCAGAAUGUCAUGCUAUUCGCAUCUGUGUAAUGAACAGAGUGAUGUCCAGUUUGGCUUUUUUCAGGUCACACUGCAUGGCAAAGCACAGCUACGGUAUAUUAUGAGCGUUUAGGCCCUGUGGAGCUACUCCCGGUCCUCACAGCAUGCUGCCAUAUUAGCCACUUUAAAGGUUGAACUUUUUUUUUUUUCUCCCACAGAAUAGUUUGUUAUCAGGUUGCUGGUCUGUCCGUGAACCAACACGCUUUACCAGCACGCGUCACAUAUAAACCACCUCGACUAUCAAAAUAUAAAUAGGUUUUACAAGUGCUGCAAAUUUACAAUCUCGGAUGAUCCGAUCCUUAUGAGAUCAGAUUCCUAAUAAAGUUACGAGUGUCCUUGAGUGUCCUGGCUGUAUCGCGUACCAAAGUGUAACAAAUAAAGUUGAUGAUUCUCA